GAAGAGGAAGGACAAGACUGAGGAUAUGCCCGCUGAGGAGGAUCGUGUAGUAACCGACUCUUCACCCCCUGUCCCAAAAAUCCAUGGGUUCGAGAACGAGAUCAAGUCCCUGAAGCACUUCUUGUUGGAUCAAAAGGUUAACAAGGAGUUCAAGAGUCUAGUGAUUGUCGGAGAAUAUGGUGUUGGGAAGACAGCAUUAUGCAAGAUGAUCUUCAAUGACAAAGAUGUGACGAGUGUUUAUGCCCCGAGGAUUUGGGUUUCCAUGGACAGAAAGAAGGGUCAAAACAACAACCCUGAAAAGGAGAGACUUCAUGGGAAGAUAUAUGUGUUGAAGAAGAUCUUGACAGCUCUCGGAGUCGAAGAUUCGAUCCUCGAAACUAUCCGUAGAGAUGCUAAUAAUGAAGUUAAGGAGAAUCAGGAAAAUGCAAGCAAUCAAAAAGCUGGAGAAAUUGAUAGAGAUACGGCGGAUGAGAAGGAGCUCUCUGCUCUGCUCUAUGCACUUCACUUGAGUCUGAGGUGGAAGAAGUAUCUGAUUGUCUUUGAUGAUGUGCGAGAAGAGGACCACUGGGACGAGAUUCUUCAGAACGACGAGGAGAAACUCAAGAAGGAGAAGAAGUGGGGAAAGUAUCUGUCAGAUGGAUUCCCUAAAGGAUCUGGUGGAAGAGUCAUAUACACGACCAGGAAUGAAGAUGAGAAGGAUACUCUAGCAAAGAAGCUAGUUGCAGAGGAACAUGAGAUACAUCGUCUUUGGCCGCUGACUGAUACUGGGAGUGUCUGGAACAUAUAUGAAGAAGCCCUCAUAAAGAAUGGGGAAAAGCCUCCAAGGAAUGACAAGAAAUGCAUAGAUGAGCUGAUGAACAAGUCUCGUGGUCUUCCUUUAGCUGCUAGUCUGUUGGCUGAGCUUCUUCCCGUGUUUAUUGACGAUGAAAAAACUGAAGAGAACGGUUCUGGAACUCCCGAAUCAGACAGCAACACCACACCAGAAGAGAAUGCAGCUAUUCCAGCUCAGCAGGCUUGAGAUGAUUGAAGAGCCUUUUUCCAUUGUGUUUUUUUUAUUUAUCUGCUUUUGUUUGUCAUGACUUAUUGUUUGUGUUUCUCUGGUUUGUUGUUGUCUUUUUUUUCUUCCCUUCUGUUGUAUCAAUAAUCCAGAAUCUCCGACUAGAGUUUUCAAUGCCAUAUGUUUCUUUGUCUGAAAA